AUGGCCGGCGUUCCCAAAGCUCUAGGCUGCGACGCCUGCCGGAAACAAAAGAAAAAGUGCGAUCAGGCUAAACCAUCUUGUGCACGCUGCACACGCCUGAAACUCAAAUGCACAGGCAUCGGCGUAAAGCGCUUCGUCUUCAAGUCCAAAAACACACAAGCAGCCAAGAAACACAGCAAAGCAGUAGCUGCACCAUCUUCGGCGCUGAGUAAUGAAAAGACGCUAGUAGCGGGUAACCUGGUGCAUAUUCUUGAGUUCGACAACCCAGGCUAUGACAUCUCAACGUACGGAUGGUUCGUCAACGACUUGCCGCGUCACGUUGGGUCGAGUAAACCGCUCGAUGCGGCUAUUGCGGCGUUUGUGACGGGUUUUGCGCCGUUGAAGGAUAGGAGUGCUUCAAAUGUUGAUGCGUUGGACAAGUAUGUUUUUGCGUUGAGGGCUUUGAGGGAGGCGAUGCAGGAUCCUGGGAAGGCGUUUUCGGCGGAUAAUAUGUGUUCAAUUUACUUGAUUUCGAUCUGUCAAGAAUGGCUUGGGAAUGGUGGUACUGGUAUUGGCGUUGGGAGUGUCAACUCGAAGCACCACGAAGUUCUCGCAUAUUUGCUUCAGAACGCUGUCACAAAGUCCCAAUUUAACUCCUCCGACAAACCCUUCAUGAAUACCAUCUUCUCCAUAGUGGUCCUCGAGAGUUUCACAAACCCCAACAUCCAACUCGGUCCCUGGUUCUGGCAAGCUCUCUCCGCCCUCAGCGAUGCCGCACGGCCUCUCAAAUCAGGUGACGGAACAUCCUUCGCAAGCCUCAACAUCGGAACGAUGGGUGAAAUAUCCUGCUUCAUUCGCGAUCCAGAUCGAUACCUCUACCAGAUCCAGUGCACAUACGCUCUUAUUCAGACGGAGCACCCUAGACUUGUCAAAGCAGCUGAAGAAGCAGUCGCCAAAGCAAAAGUAUCGGGCUCAACGUCUCUUCAGAGAAGAAUGGGGAUACGUUUCCAUGCCGCGAUCGCUGCAAUGCUGACGAUGGCUACCAUUCUGAAUCGUAUUCUCCGGUCUUAUGAUGGGGACCCUAUUCUUUUGGCAGAUGCGAAGCGCUAUGUUGAUGAGAGUAUUGCGCUGGGCCGGGCUGCUAGUUACAAUCGGCCGAUUGCUGCCUCUGCUGUGGCUUCGCCUCUCGCGCUGUCAUUAGCUGCGCUGGAUGAUUACAGGCGCGAGGAAGUCAAAGAUUUGCUCGUGGAGUAUCAGAGCGACUUCCCAGGUCUGGAUUACUUUUCUGAUGUCAAGAUGGUCAGAAGAGGAUUUGAAGAUAUUGAUAAGAAUAAUCAGAGGAAAGUGAGGUGGCUAUUAUCAAGUGAAGAAGAGUUUGAUAGUAGUUCGGGUGACAAUGACAUGAUUACCGAGAUAGGACCGGGGUGUACAAUAUUGUAA